CCACGCCUCCCCAAUCGCCACCAGCUUCAGCAUCGCGUUAUCCUCACGUGCACACCACCUGCUCGACCAAAUUCCCCACACACCCGCUCACCAACAUCUCCGAUGGCCACCGCCACCGCCGCGGCGCCCUCCUCCUCGUCCCUCCUCCGCCGAUCCCUCCCUCCGAAAUUCUCGGCCGCCCGAUGCCUCGCGCCGCCGCGGUGCCGCGCGCGCCUCCGCACCGCGUGCCAGGUCGCCGUCAGCAGCGACGUGUCACCACCGCCCGACGUUGCGGACGAGGAGGCCUCUGCGGCGCCCAAGAUCGGUAAGCGCGUGCGCGUCACGGCGCCGGUUCGCGUCUACCACGUCCCCAAGGCGCCGGACCUCAACCUUCGUGGCAUGGAGGGUGUGGUCAAGCAGUAUGUCGGUGUCUGGAAGGGCAAGCGCAUCACGGCCAACCGCCCCUUCAGAGUGGAGUUCGAGCUCAAGCUGGAUGGGCAGGACAAGCCGGUGCGGUUCUUCGUCCACCUCCGAGAGGACGAGUUCGAGUUCGUCUGAGACGAAUUGGACCCUCUGUGUUGUAGAAUAAUGCGCUCUUCGGGGCGAACGCAGCACCCAUGUACAUUAGCAGGGGAGGUUGAAGAGGGAGCAAGGGGAUAGCAAGUAAGUUGAUGUUUGUUUACCUCUGGUUUGCUCUUCCUCACUUCUCUCUGUUCAACAUCGAAUUUUUCAGAUGUGAGAAUUGUUCGAGAUGAUGACGAUUAUGAAUGAGAGUGAUUAUACUA